GGUUAUCCGAACCGUCCAAUGUAUCUAGGAUUAGAUUUCACCUGAAAUCUUCCUCUGAACGAUGCAUAUAUUCAUUAUCUGGGUUCUUUAUCUGUGAUUCUUCUUCCACUGCAGCCAUGGCGGUCCUUGUGGAGAAGACAGUGUUGGGGAGGGAGUACAAGGUGAAAGAGUUGUCACAGGCUGACUUCGGUCGUAUGGAGCUUCAACUUUCUGAAGUUGAAAUGCCUGGACUCAUGGCGUGCCGGGCUGAGUAUGGUCCUGUGCAACCAUUCAAGGGAGCCCGAAUUACAGGCUGCCUUCAUAUGACCAUCCAGACUGCAGUUCUAAUCGAGACACUCGCUGCCCUUGGAGCUGAGGUCAGAUGGUGCUCCUCCAAUAUCUUCUCUACUCAGGACCAUGCUGCAGCAGCUAUUGCCCGCGACAGUGCAUCUGUGUUUGUGGAGACACUCCAGGAAUAUUGGUGGUGUGUGCAGAGGGCUUUGGAUUGGGGUCCUGGUGGUGGCCCAGAUUUGAUUGUUGAUGAUGGAGCAGAUGUCACCUUACUAAUCCAUGAGGGUGUCAAGGCUGAGGAAGAGUUUGCCAAGACUGGGAAGAUUCCAGAUCUUGCUUCAACUUCCAAUCCUGAGUUUCAAAUUCUUUUGGGAUUGAUCAAUGAUAGUCUUAAGGAAGACCCCUUAAAGUAUCAUAAGAUAAAAGAUAGGUUGGUGGGUGUAUCUGAGGAAACCACUACAGGGGUUCACAGACUGUAUCAGAUACAGGCUAGUGGUUCUCUGCUGUUCCCUGCCAUUGGGGUUAAUGAUUCUGUUACUAAGAGUAAGUUUGAUAACUUGUAUGGAUGCAGACAUUCUCUUGUAGAUGGUUUAAUGAGAGCCACUGAUGUGAUGAUUGCUGGCAAGGUUGCUGUUGUGUGUGGAUAUGGAGAUGUUGGCAAAGGUUGUGCUACAGCCUUAAAGGGUGCUGGAGCUAGAGUCAUUGUAACAGAGAUUGACCCAAUCUGUGCUCUGCAAGCCCUAAUGGAAGGCAUCCCUGUCCUGACUCUAGAGGAUGUGGUGAGCACGGCUGAUAUCUUUGUUACAACUACAGGGAAUAGGGAUAUUAUCAUGGUGGAGGACAUGAUGAGGAUGAAAAACAACGCAAUAGUUUGCAACAUUGGUCAUUUUAACAAUGAGAUUGAUAUGCAGGGGCUUGAAAACUACCCUGACAUUAAGAAGAUAACUAUCAAGCCUCAAACAGACAGAUGGGUGUUCCCUGAAAACAAUAGUGGUAUCAUUGUCCUUGCAGAGGGGCGUCUCAUGAACUUGGGUUGUGCCACUGGACACCCAAGUUUUGUCAUGUCUUGCUCAUUCACAAACCAAGUUAUUGCACAGUUGGAGCUUUGGAAUGAGAGGAAAACAGGAAAGUAUGAGAAGAAGGUAUAUGUGUUGCCCAAGCAUCUAGAUGAGAAGGUGGCUGCUCUACAUUUGCCCAAGUUGGGUGCCAAACUUACAAAGCUUUCUCCAAAGCAGGCUGCAUACAUUAAUGUUCCUAUUGAGGGUCCUUACAAACCCCUCCACUAUAGAUACUGAGCUAAGCAGAUACUUUGUUUUGUGUAAUAAUAAGCGAGAUCUAUUGCACUGUAGGUACAUUUGCUAUGAUAGCAGUAGUUUCACUUUUCACUUUAGUUUUAUCAUAGAAGAAAUUAAUAUCUUCUGAAUCUAGGAUUUUAAUGUGAGGCAUCUAUUGUUUUUUAAUUUGAACUAUGAAAUAUUUAAGUAGAAAUACAUUGACGUAAUUCCUGAUUA